AUGUCAUACCAAUACCAACAUGGCCAACCCACGACUGGGACAUACGCGUACGGUUCUCAGCAAUACUAUCCUCAAAACGGGCAAUAUGGUUACGGCGCCGCAUACGCUUCGAACCCCCAACAAUACGCCGCAUGGCAAUCCUACUAUAACCAGUACUACGCCCAACAAGCGAAGCAGAACGCAGCCGCCGGUCUCACUGGUGCGACGGGAUCGACAGCCGCAGCUGGAUCGACGACUCCUGCAGCUGCAUCAUCUUCCACGACCGCCGCCGCGUCCACGGCAGCUGCAAGUACUGCUCAGAGGGGAUCUUUCUCGGCGUACACUCCGACUUAUGCGAGAGAUACUGUUGCCGCUGCAGCGACUGGAGGUGCCACUGGGAAGGCGGCGAAGAAGCAGGCGCAGUAUAAGGGAUUGUUUGCUAAAGAGUUGCGGAGUUUGAUGUACGGUUUCGGUGACGAUCGCAACCCCGCUAGCGAUACUGUGAACGUCAUGGAGGAAAUCCUAGUCGAGUAUAUUACCGACAUCUGCCAGGUCGCGCUUGCACCAACGAAGAAGACACGUCUCGCCGUUGAUGACUUCCGCCGCGCUUUGUCUCGACCAGCGGACUCGAAGAAGUUCGCACGUAUGGAGGAGCUGCUGUUCAUGCAGGAAGACAUCAAGCGUGCGCGUGCCAUGUUCAACGAGAACGAGGGCACGACGGCAGCAGGGGCCCUGCAAUGA